AAGACUACCAUCCACUUGUUAAACAAUGCAUAUUCCAAUUCCACAGCCACAAAAAACCCUGCAUAUUUAUUUCUGGACCUCUCCUUUUUCUCCUAGUAUAUAUACAUAUAUACAUCUUUCUCUCUACCUCCCAAGUCAGAACAACACAAAAAUUUGAGUCAAGCUGACAGUCUACACACCUCAAACUGUUCUGCAUAUCUUCAGCUCCUUUGCAGUUGCAGUGCAUGUUCUCGAGGGAGAAGCAGUUGAUCGCUGCGCCGAUGGCGUCGGACAGCGGGUUGAGGCGGCUGUUCGAGAAGCCGCUGCCGGAGAACCCGACGCUGCUGGAGGCGCUGUCGGCGUGGAACCGCAACACCCACCCCAACAAGCCCAUCGAUCCGUCCUCUUUCACCGAGAUCUUCGGCGAGCUCCACUUCCAAGAGAAGCAGCCCGAGCGAGCCGUCCUGCCGCAGGCACCGGCGCCGGCGUCGUGGCUUGACAUCGCCACCGCCGCCGAGGCCGAGAAGAGCAAGGACGACUCGUCGCUGGACGCGCUCCUGAGGCCCAAGCCCGCGGCGAGCGCCGUGGCCACCGUGAAGCGGAGCGCGAGCUUCUGCCUGAAGAAGAGCUCGGCCUCGCUGCUGCUCUGCACCGAGGGGCUCGGCUCCGAGAGCACCGUGGACGCCGACGACAUGUUCAAGGACGGCGACGCCGAGGCCGAGGCCGAGGCCGAGGCCGCCGCGCUCAAGGGCGCGGAGACGGACGGCAGGGACGGUGACGCCGCCGGCGACGCGGAGGCGAUGAAGGGGGAGGAGGAGAAGGAGAGGCAGCCGAAGACGUUCCCUCCGCCGAUACGGUCGAUCGGGCGCGGCGGGAAGCCGUACGUGUGCUUCCGGUCGUUCCGGGAGGGCGGCCGGUUCGUGCUGCUGGAGGUGGUGAUCCCCGGGAAGGAGCUCCUGCAGGCGACGCGCGACGGCGGCCGGCUCAGGCUGCGGUUCGCCAACGCCGCCGCGGCGGCGGGUGCGGGCGCCGAUGAGGUGGUGCCGCACGGGGAAGACGACCACCACCAAGCAGCCAAGAGUGCAUGCAUAGACGACGACGAGAGCUAGCUAAGUGGUGCCGUUGAUGUCCUUGGUAUGCUUGCACACGGUAUACGAUUAGACAUGUGAUGCCAUGGCGGUGUAAUGCUUAUGAGAAGCAUCAGCGACCUAAGGCUUGUUCAUGUGUUUUAAGAAAGUGAUGGAUUCAGUCAGAAAUAUAAUUCAGAUUACAGUCA